CGCAUGCAGUUGAGUAUUACCUAUACACUUGAGCUGCUUGGAAACAGACACUCCUACAGACUGCAAUUAUCGACGAAUUCCAGCAGCAGCAGCAUUCAAGCACGGACAGACACAUAGACCGAGGGAAGAGAUCAAUCAAUCAAUUAAUCACACGGCCGAUCACCAUGUCGCACUCCAAACGCAACACAUCUCUCGCAUUCUUCACCUCGUACGAACGCUCCCUGCUCAAAGGCGACUACGGCAAGCAACGAACCCGACUCACGCGUGACUCGUUCAAAGCCUUCGAUGCGUGCAACCUGUGCCUGGUGCGAGCGCGCGACCCCGUCGCCUGUCCCAAAGGCGAACUGUUCUGCCGCGAGUGCGCGGUCGAGAACCUGCUCUCGCAGCGGAAGGAGAUCAAGCGCAUGCAGGUGGACCUGGACCGGCGAGCGAAGGAGGACGAGGAGCAGCGCGUGCUCGAGGAUGAGGAGGCGAAGCAGCGCGCCGUGAAGGAUUUUGAGCUCCUGCAGAUGGGCCUCGAGAUCAGGAAUAGCAGGGAGAACAAGGGCAAGAGUGUGGUCGGCAUGGCGCCGAAGGUCGUGGGAAGGGUGAAUGGCAAGAUUGUGCUCGAGGAGGACGAGGAGGAGGAGCCGGCGCAGGGAGACGAGGCCAACAGGAAGCCCGGGGGUGCCAAGAGGAAGUUCGAAUUGGACGAGGAGGAGCUCAUGAGACUUGCACGCGACGAGCGAAAGAAGGCCAAGGCAGCCUUGUCGGAGGAGAAGACCAAAGCAUCUGCCACCAAGCUCCCGUCGUUCUGGGUCCCCAGCCUGACGCCUUCAGUAGCCAGUACGGACAUCACACGGAAGACGCCGAAGCUGAGUCCUGUGUGCCCUGCGUCGACGAAGGACAACAUCCACCACUACUCGCUCAAGACGCUGAUAUCGGUCAAAUUCACGGAGGAGGCGGACGAGAAGACACAGUAUGGUGAUCCGCAGCGGAUAUGUCCGAGCUGCAAGAAGGUGCUGAGCAACAGCAUGAAGGCCAUGCUGGCGAAACCUUGUGGGCAUGUGGUUUGUAAACCAUGCGCGGACAAAUUCUUGACACCCACGUCCGACGACCCACACGACAAGACUGCGAGAUUGGUGCAAUGCUUUGUCUGCGAAGCAGAUCUCACGAGCAAAGGAAAGCCGUCGAAGAAGGACAAGGACAAGAUCCUCCCCGGCCUGGUGCUGAUACAGAGCGACGGCACAGGGUUUUCUGCCGGAGGAGGAAACGUCACGACCGAGAGGGAAGGAAUAGCCUUCCAGUGCUGAUUGCGUACCAUAACCUAUAUAUCUGCUUCCACUACGCGCUGGGGAGGGGGGAGGGGGAAGGAACCAACUGCAUCAUGACGACGGAAGCAGUUGGCAUGUAUGAUACUUUACGUUUCCGCACUAAAGAUGCACUCCGAGGCCAGAUAAAUACUUAGAGAUAUUUUUAA